AUGGGGAAGAAGGAGAAUGGCCAGGACUAUGAGUUCUGUGAAAGUUCCACAAUACAGAAAUAUUGUGAAAUCCUCAACAAUAUAGAAUCGAUCAGAAGAGAUAGAGAUGAUGUUUUGUCAACCCACUUCAACGAGGUGUGUACCUAUAACAUAAGCGACUUGGAGGAUAGAGCCGCAGUUAUAAGAAGACUUAUAAACAAGGAGCUUGUAUAUCCAAAUGCGUUUCUUGCGUCAUCACUUGGGUUCAACAAAACCACGUGGAACCGAGACUACGAGAAGACACUAAGGGAAAUAGGGAUGUACAAGCGUCCGAAGUACAGCACGUUGAAAAACAUGCUUUUGUUUGAGAAGCUCAAAUGGCUCAUCAUCAGAUAUCAUGAAGCAAAGCAAAAGAAGAAGAAACAAUGA